AAUCAUUUAACCGGUGCGAAUCGACUCCACCUUCCUCUCUCUCUCUCCAAGCGGGGCCUCCGUGAUGGCGACCGCUGGCGCUGAGGAGGCGGCGGCGGCGGCGUUGGCCGAGGCAGAGGCGGCUACACUCACCUUGGAGAUCCUGCAAAUUAUAAAGGAGUCGCAGCAACAGCAUGGGCUGCGUCAUGGAGACUACCAGCGCUACAGGGGCUACUGCUCUCGACGGCUCCGGAGGCUGAGAAAAGCUCUCAACUUCAAAAUGGGGAAUCGCCACAAGUACACUGGGCGCAAGGUCACUGUGGAGUUGCUCAAAGACCCGCGGUAUCUGCUGCUGGAGCUGAUGAGCGCGGAGCGCGCGUGGAGCUACGCCAUGCAGCUCAAGCAGGAGGCCAACACGGAGCCCCGCAAGCGCUUCCAUUUGGUGUCGCGCCUGCGCAAGGCGGCCAAGCACGCCGAGGCGCUGGAGCGCCUGUGCGAGGGCAAACGCAUCGACGCCCGCACCAAGCUCGAGGCGCAGGCAUAUGCUGCGUACAUGGCUGGCAUGCUGAGGUUUGAAAAGCAAGACUGGACUAAAGCCAUGGAGUCUUUUGGCAGCUGCAAGACCAUCUAUGAGAAGCUGGCCAGCGCCUUCUCGGACGAGCAGGCUGUGCUGUAUCGCCAGCGGGUCGAGGAGAUUUCCCCCAACCUGCGCUACUGCGCCUACAACAUCGGUGACCAGUCGGCGAUUGGGGAUUUGUUGCAAAUGCGCCUGAAAUCUGGCGACAGUAGCAGCAUGCUCACGGAAAAACUUGAGGUGCUGUUGGCUCAGAUGCGUGCCAAGCAGUCGACGAGCAUGAGCGAGGUGACGUGGUGCGGCCGCACGGUGCCCGUCAAGGUCGACCGCGUGCGCGUCUUCCUGCUCAGCCUCGAGGAGAGCGAGGCAGCCAUCGCACAGGCUGAGAAGGAGGAGGGGAAGGAGCAGCUUUACGAGAGCCUGCUCAUCGAGUGUCGCGACGCCAUCCACGCCGUGCGGGAGGAGCUGAAGCUCGACCCGAAACAGCGAGAGCGAGAAACGGAGGCAGGAAAGAACUCAAACCUGCAACACCUACAUAGCUACCUGACGUUCAUAAAGCUGAGCAACACGGUGGAGCGCAACGUGGUGAUGGCGCGCGCCCUGCGCCGCCGGCUCAGCCGAGGCGCCGUUGACGACGGCAGGAAGGCGCCGCGUCCCCAGGAGCUGAUCCGCCUCUACGAGCUCAUCCUGCAGAGCCUGACCGAGAUGCAGCAGCUGCCCGGCAUGGAGGCCGAUCCGGACCUGUGGCAAUCUCUCGAUAACAAGAAAUCUGCUUACAAGGCCUUCAGGUGCUACUUCAUAGCACAGUCGUACUUGGCGGCCAAGAAGUGGACGGAGGGGUUGGCGCUGUUUGAGCGCGUCCUCAAGUACGCGAGGGAGGCGCAGGCCGCCUGCGCCCAGAGCAACUGCCCCAAUAUGGAUCAGAAUGAACUGGAAGAGCUGAUCAACUCCAUAAACGCCGAGAAGUACUCGAUACAAGCGACGGCGAUACUCGACUCUGACGAUAUUGGUGAUCGCAUGGCGGCUUUGGAAGUUUCGGAUAACAAACCCUUGAUCGAGCGGCUGGACGUGUACCGUCUGGACCCGGCGCUCGUCAGCAAGCAGCCCAACCUGGUGACAUUCCCGCCCGAGUUCCAGCCCGUGCCCGUUAAGCCGCUGUUCUUCGACCUGGCGCUCAACCAUGUGGCUCUGCCGCCGCUCGACGACAAGCUAGAGCAGAAGUCUCGCAGCGGCUUCACGGGCAUGAUCAAGGGCAUCUUCGGCUUCCGCAGCUGAACCAACUCCCCCGCCCCCUGACCCUGACCCCGACCCCCACCUUCCGCCACCACCACCCCACCCCGCGCCCGCCACCCACCCUCUUCUCUCACUCAAGUCCUCGCACCGGUCACGCACAGCGCCCCGCACGCCACACACACAUCCCCUCCCCGCUCUUCCGAUCCGUACCACCUGCGUGAGGCACGGUUAAGGGAAUACGCACACCCCACACCCCCCCCCCCCCCCCCCAAAAAAAAGCUCUUAUACACAAGGGCAGCCUGCCUAUCCCCUCAGGCAUUGUUAAUUUAUUUCGUAAAAAAAAUUAAAGGCCGGCUCUAUUCUGUGAAGAACAUUCUCGUUAAGAAAUCUUCAUACGUAUUUGUUGGGCAGCUGGUAGACACACGACCUCGGGAUGUAUCAGCAAGACGGGGGGGGGGGGCGGGGGGAGGGGGCGUUUGUGCAUUAGGGUUGCGCCUUUAAACCAGCAGGCUCGUGCUCGGCAUACGCUUGUUCAUAUUCUUGAUUUAAACAAACUGUAAUGACUGUGCGUUUUAUUCCUUACUCGGUCGAUUAUGUCGUGCUGUUGGUGUUUCGGUGCAGAGCGAAAUGUUUUCUUCACGGAACUCGCACUAUUCUCAACCCUCUCCCAUUCCGAUGACGUACGUGUACGUAUGCGUACGUCAUCGGUCGGUGUAUGUUAUCAGUUUUUCUUCCGAUGACGCACAUGUUUUUCUUACGAUUCCGGAAGACGUACCGACGCCCCAUGGCUACGCGGGAGGGCGUGUGGCACAGUUUGGCGCCAGCUAUCGCAGAGUGCGGACGCGUCGCUACGGUUCUCUGCGGGUGAGUACAACGUCUUUAAAAAACAACGGCGCUUUGCCUCUCUAAAUAAAAUUACCGUUAACGGGAAAGGGUUAACGACGAGGGAGGUGUGUGCAUUACUGCUGCUCCCCCCCCCACCACCCUUUUUUUUUGCUGAAUGCCCUCAAAGAUGGGCAAGGCCAAAUGUUGUACAAAACAAUUUUAACGCAAUGUUUUUUUUUUAUUUGGCGCGGCUCCUCUGUAAUUUUGUGGCUGGGCUUGCGUUGAGCAUGGGGUAGAGUGCACUCUUGGGUGCAAACGAGACCUUGGCGGAAGUUGUCGGAGGGGGGGGGGGGUCUGGGGAAUGUGGGUAACAGGCUUCGACGCAUAGCGUUUUGGCGUUAUAAGACGGCUCAACUGCGUAGAUGCAACGUUUUGCGAGUUUCCUUUUAUACACAUUGCUUUGUAAGUUUCACACAAAUUGAUGCUGGUAGGAUUUGGAAAACUUGUGAUACUCAUUAGUGACAUGGCUCUUUAGAAAUUUACCGAUUUGUAGAAAUGAACUUCGCGCAGAAAUACCGAGUUACUUCCAGGUUGAAGUCGUUCCCUUAGGUUCACCCAAGCAUAAAUUCGGUAUUCGUAGUACGCCAAUUGGCAGAUGGCUUGCGAUGGGGAAUUUGAUUGUACCUGUAUCUCCAGUGUCACGAGGGCCAAUAUGGAAGACUACAACUUUAGAGAAAGAAGAAUCUCUUGUCUGUACAAUGUGGAUAAUCACACCAUGUAAUUAUGUGCAGCAAGUGAUCCCACUGGUGUCCCAUACUUGCAUGAGUAACUUGGCCUGUAUAGCAGACCGCUGCUCCGCACUGAGAGUGAAACGGGCAGUGGCUUUAUAAAUGUGCUUAAAGGAGUCUUGUGCUCAAGGCACAAUGAUGCUCGCCAGGCAUUACAAUCCCGGCUUUAUUUGCUCUCCACGUUAUACCAGUCCGUAGUCGUAUGUAGUGCACCGUUGCUGCCUUAACGGGAAACGGAAAAUGUUUGCCAGUGUGGAAAGCUGAAAAUUGGUUCAGGAUCCGCGAAAGGACUGGACUCUGGAAACACAUGAGCCGAGCUGUGUCAAAAGUCGUAACCUUGUGAUCAGGGUUGUUUUGAGUGGACCCACAGUGCGUGUGGGCAUAGCCAGGAUUGCAAAGCAAGUUCAUGUUUUGCGUCUCGUACACAAGGUCCGUGGUGGGGCAUUGUGCAAGGACCGGUGGUCCUGAAGUAUCGUCUUCGUAUAGGUAGUGGCUGUUAGUGUUCGCUGUAAGAGGUAAUGUGCUGGCGUUGUUCAAUACAAGGACCAGUGACUUGCGUUGUCCCAAGUGGGAUGUGCAGGAGCAUCAAGACUUUAAGGUCUCUAUCUGCCAAGUUUCUGUAUUGAUCAUGGUCGGCAGGUGGUAUGGGAGUCCAAAAUAACAGGUCACUGUAACUGGCAAACAAUGUGUGUCCUCUGCAGAUUGUCCUCAUUGGUGCACACUCACUACUCAACUAGGAAGAAACAUUGUACCAAUUCACUACGUAGGAUUAGACCCACACAACAAUCUUGUUAAUGAAUCCUAGAGCCUGCAAGUGGCUGCGAAAAGAUGUUGACUUUACGACCUACUCUUGAAAAACUGGAUUUGUUUUAUUUUUGUAUUUGUGGGAUCAAUGUAAAUCGCUGCCGGCCCCAUAAAAGUAGAUCUCUCGUUUGUCUUGAUAGAAAAAUGCCAUAUUUUGAAAUGCAUUUAAUAAGGUUCAAGCAUGUCUAUCUGAAUACGUGUUAUUGCGAAUGGGGUUUUUUCUGUUAAUUUCAUUACCUCCAAAAACUUUCAAACAUGAAGAUUUUGAUAUUUUCUGAGCAGGUUUAUUUGGCACGGAUUUGGGUCACGUUUUAUUUCUGUUAGAAAUGUUCCUUUUAUCUUUGGAUUACAUUCACAGUAAUGUAAAAUGGUACCUGCUUAAUCAAACAUCCCUCAAAUCGGUUAUGAUUGGAACACAAGAAAAGAAAAAGCAUAAAAGAUAGAUAAUUGUGAAUUGCUAAAUAUUAAACUUGUUUUAUGCAGCGUUAUUAAUUUUUAAAUAGUAUUUUGAAAUUCUUAUUUUCCAGUCAAUAUGUUAAGGAUUGGGGGGGGGGGGCAACAGAAGAGGGGGAUUUAUGCCACGCUAAAAUAAUUGUCUUAAAUUUAUAAGUUUUGGAAAGUUUUUGCCUCUAAAAUACAAAGUCUUGAAAAUUGCUCGAGUAUUAUUGUGCAAAGCUGUAAUUCUGGGCGCAAUAAAAUGUUUCAGUACUUUGUGCCAUUUGGAUUAAUAAAAUAACUGCAAUGUCUGAAUUAAUAAAAAA